UUCCUCUCGACCACACCUGCAACUCAUCACCCACCAUGGCUGACUACACCUAUCAAUAUCUCAAUGUCACCUUUCCCCCCGAACACCAAUAUGUCGCCCACGUGGAGAUCAACCGUCCCGACAAACUAAAUGCCUUUAUCGAAGCCAUGUGGCUCGAACUGUCCGCCAUCUUCACGCGCCUCUCCUCCGACCCAUCCGUCCGCGCCAUUGUCCUCACCGGCGCCGGCGACCGCGCCUUCACCGCCGGCCUCGACGUCAAAGCCGCCUCCGAAGGCCUCCUCUCCGAUUCGCCCGGACAGCCCGACCUCGAUUCCGCCCGCCGCGCCACCCCUCUCCGCCGUCACAUCGCGUCCAUCCAAGACUGCAUCUCGUCGAUCGAAAAAUGCGAGAAGCCCGUCAUCGUGGCCCUACAUGGCAUCGCCCUGGGUCUAGCCAUCGACAUCAGCGUGGCCGCCGACGUGCGGGUGUGCUCCGCCGACGUGCGGCUCGCCGUGAAGGAGGUGGACAUCGGACUGGCGGCGGAUAUCGGGACGUUGAGUCGGUUGCCCAAGGUGGUGGGGAACUUCGGGUGGGUGAAGGAGGUGGCCUUGACGGCGCGGGUGUUUGGCGCGGACGAGGCCUUGCGCGUCGGGUUGGUGAAUCGCGUGUUUGAGAAUAAGGCGGAGACUGUCCGGGGAGCGUUGGAGUUGGCGGGGCUGAUCGCCACCAAGAGUCCGGUAGCGGUGCAGGGGACGAAGGAGUUGUUGAAUUAUUCAAGGGAUCAUACGGUGCAGGAGGGAUUGCGGUAUACGACGGUCUGGAACAGUGCGAUGCUGCAGACCAAGGAUGUCUCGGCGGCGCUGUUGUCGGGGAUUCAGAGGAGGAAGCCGACGUUUGAGAAGUUGUAGGAUAUGUCUCACAUCUGUAUAUUCCUGGAGCUCGCUAGCUCGAGAUCUCCGAUUCAAUUGAUUUUUGUCUUCGCUUCUGAAUGAAAAGUGCUGCUGUUCCGAU